AUGUUGAAGUACCAAGUGACUACCCUCGGCCGUUCCCAGCGUCGCCGUUCUCACCCCCCAGCCGAGUCGCUGUUCGACGGUCAACGCAAAGAAGAUUCGACCGACUCCCACUGGGGUGUCUUCAGCACUGUCACCUUGCGACGCACUGGUCGAUCGACGUCCGUCUCCAGCCUGAGCAGCGCAAGCACCUCAUCGGAUUCCUUUAUCGAAUGGCGGACAAUCUACAUGACCGUCGAUGAAGUUGCCUGUUUCACAGUCGGCUUUCUUCUUCCCACCACCCCUCGUGAGGCGCACUUCUGUCCGCACCUCUGUCCGCGACUGCUGGCUAGUGGCCGGUCUUCAUCAAAGGCACCUCGCAUUCCGACGACAGCUACAUCAACGACCCAAGGCGAGGUUCGCUCGUUCGACGGACCGCUGUGUUUCAGACCCUCGCAUCCGGCGAGUGUGGUGCCAAACCCCAGUAGUGCCGCAUGGACCGGUCGUAUCGCGUUUCGCGCAGUCAUUGGCGAGCUGUCGCUGUUUGUGCCAAUUAAUUAA